GGUGAGUGCUGCAGUCACCGCGUAGAUGGCCGUAUACUGAUGGAGUCAGUAGAACAUGUCGAAUUGCCAGAAAGCCCGACCGAUGUUGAAGCAAUGCACGAAGCGCUCAGGGCAGCAGAUAGGCGCACUCCAGCGGUUCCUCGUGUUCCAACUCAGAGGCCCACAGGGGAACCGCUUGGACACGACUAUGCAGCGACAGAAGACUCGGUGCCAGUUCGGGUCCCCCCGCCUGCCUCCGAAGCUGCUUUCCCCGAGCAUGAAUACGCGGAGCAGCCGCCCGAUGAGCACUAUGUCCCACCUCCAGGGGAAACAUAUGCACCCUCAGUUCCUCCAUCUGCCGCACCUUCAAGAAGGCCCACAUUCCGCCCUACUCCAUCCGAGGCUAUCGAGCGCUACAGAGAAUCUGGUCCUGGAGCUCUUGCCCUUGAGGACGCUGAACGUGAACGGAACGAACGGUUCGGAGAACUCGAGCGACAGAUGACUGACACCCUGGGGACUCUGGAGGAAGCUGAAACAGCUCGCGAUCAAGCAUUCCGAGGGAAUGAAGAUGACAGACAGCGCAUUUUCGAGGACCAUGAGGCUCAACGCGAUCAAGAGGCAGUCGAACGACGGGAUGCGAUGUGGAGAGAACUUGAGGACCGCUUGGCCAACAUCGUUCAACAGGUGCCUCUGCCGGUACCCCCGCCGCCUGAACCAGGUGCGGAACCUGAGGUUGCAGCACCUGAAGAAGAGCUCCCUCCACCAGAAGUGCCGGCAGAAGUUCCUGGAGAGCGACCGGCUGAUCUGCAGUCUGUUGUCGAGUCAAUUCGGUCUGUCGCACAAGACGCCGCUUCCCGACAUGCGCAGGAUAUCUUGGAGACUGUCCGUUUAGAACGCGAGGAGUUGAUGCGGGAGCGGGAGCUUGCCCAAGCCGAGCGCGAACGUGCACAAGCAGAAUCGGAAGCCGCUCGGGCACGUUACAACGAAGAUCGCGAGGCCCGUAUCCGUGCAUUGGAGGAGGAGCUUGCCGCUGUUCGUUCGGAACUCGAGAACGAGCGUCUGCUGCGCGCGACGGAGGAGACCGAACGUCGUGAGCGGGAGCGCAUCGAAACGAUGGAUCGCGAUGAAGCUAUGCGUGCCCAGCUCAGCGACAUCACGAAUCUGGUGUCUGAGCAACGGGACGAGCUUCAGCGCAAGCGCGAACUCACGGAGCAGCACUGGGCCGAGAAAGAGCGCUGGAUGGAGCAGUGCAAUGAUGCGAACGCGGAGUUGCGCCAGCUUGUUCAGCAAGUCAUCGAGGAGAGAGCCGUCGACAAGGCUGAUUGGGAUGCGGACAGAGAGGCGAGGGCCAAUGAUCCUUCCGUUCAGAGUGUUCUGGAUGAAAUGGCUGCGUUUAGAAACCAGCAAGAUGAACUACUCCGUCAGAUGGCAGACAGUUGGCGUGCAGACUGCGCUCGGCAACACGAGGAAACACUCGCCGCCGUUCGAUCGACCGCCAGCGAGCAAGUUCCCUUCAACAUCCAGGGUUACCUCGACGAGUUCAGUCGGUCGCUUGCUGCAGAGGUGCGAAUGCUUCUUGGCGAAGUCGGUAGGCUGCGAGAAGAGCGGCGCAACAUUCAAUACGAGCUCGGUUGUCUGCUGACGAUGAAAUCCAAGAUGGGGCCUGGAGGCGAGUUCGAUCCUGAAUGGAGGCCACCUACAGGCGCUUGCGCUCGCGACGGUCAACCAGCUGGACCCUCUGAGGCGCCACCGGAAGCGCCACCCCCGGAUGAGCCGCCACAACCUGCUCGUCCGGCAUGGCGUAGCGUCAUGCAACGUGGCUCUCGUCGAUCUCGCAGGUCUCAAGCUGCGCCACCUCCGCCUCCGGAACCUGUGCCGGAAGUCCGGCCACCGAUCGAGUCUUGGGCAACUUGGCAGCCUAACGCACAGUUCGUACCUACCCCGCCUCCAAACCCACCCACUACGCUGUUGGUGCCAGAUCAGUCUAGCCCAGGCUUGUUCGGGCCUCGCUCUCCUCGAUCCUCCAUUCAUCGAUGAUGCCCACGACUACGUUCUUGUUACUUUAACGCCUGACGACCUUGAUGCUGAUGGACUAAUGACCGCCUGGAUUGGAUCUACGUAUGCUGUAUGUACACUGAAUGUUAACAUGUCUUCUGCUUUCAAUCUAUUCGAUGCUUCAUGUCUGGUA